AACAAACAAACAAACAAACAAACAUUGUACUAAGUAAAAGGAGCCAGUCACAAAAGGCCACAUAUUGUAUGAUUCCAUUUAUGUGAAAUGCUCUGAAUAGGCAAAUCCUUAGGGACAGAAAAUAGAUUAGUGGUUGCCAGGGGAGGAAUGAAUUGGGAGGCAUGAGGUUUCUAGAAUUAGACAGUGGUGAUGGUUGCACAGUCUUGAAAAUAUACUAAAAACCACUGAAUUGUUCACUUUACAGGGACAAAUUUUAUGUAUGAUAUGUAAAUUAUGUCUCAAUUUCUGAAAAAGUAGAUCUGUGUGUUGUCAUAUAUUCUAUGUCCAGAAAAUCUCUUUACUUUUUACAUAAAAUAAUUUAAACAUUUCCAGAGCAGUAUAUGUCAACUACAUUUUAAAAAUUACAAUAAAGACCUGAAUGUUUUUUGCUGAAACUCUAUAUUCUAAAACUGACAAAAAUAAUGUAUGCAAUAGAUAACUUCUUUGUCAUAUUUCUCUAUUCAAAAUCUUCUGAAUAUUUGUGUUUCUCAAUAUAUCAUUGCCAAAAAAUGUAUAUUUUUAUUUUUUGCUGUACUGGCACAAAUUUGGGUUACAAUGUCUUCUAAAAUGUUAAAAUAAAAAUGGCAUGUUAGUUAGUUUCUCAUAAUAAUACCUUUAUGGUUAAUUUCAAAACACCCUAUUUGUAAGUUUUCAAAGAUAGAUUUUAAGAAUUGGACAUUUUUGCAUAUGUUGCUUAACAUUAGCUGGCAUGGCUUUAGAAUUAAAUAUUAUUAUUGUAUGGAAAUUUAUGAAGAGUUAAAUACUGGACAAGUUAAGAUAAGGUGAGAAGAUGUUUUCAGGGACCAGGACAUAUAAUUUAAAUUCAAAAACUUCUGGAAAAUAUAGAAAAGUAUCUGUUUUGCUGCAAACUAAAUUUUCCCUAAUUUUUUUCAAUUUACUUAAGGCAGCAAGAUAUACAUUUUACUCUUAAAAUAUUUAACUUGUAUUGCUAUAUUAAUAACUUUUCAAUGUACAACUUUUCAAUUUUCUAAUACAACAAAGAUAUUCCUCCUAAAUGGGUUUCUUCCUUUUACUCAUUGAAACUAAAUGCAGUUCAGUUAUUUGAUUAGUUGAUGCUAGAAUUUGACCUGGAGCUUAUAUAAUUAGAAGAGACACUAGUUUUCAUCAUUUAAAAGCCUGGUUAGCAUACUACGGUCUCGUUUCAGGGGAAGUCAAACCUCUCUACUCCUUCUUUUUAUAACCUUUAAGUUAAUUCAGAACCCAGAUAAGCCUUGAUCUGAGGAUGAUAUAACCACCGCAAGCAACAUGGGAACUUCUAGAGAAAACAAGAAGAAGACUUCAAAAAACAUGCUGUGAUGUCUCCCGGUGGAGACAGGGCACGAGGUGCAGGGAAGAGGAGGUGGCCUGAGGCAGGACGAUGAGGAUGCAAUGUUGAAGAAUAAGCUGGAGAAGAGAAGUAACCGGCACUAUGGAAAAAACCAAAACAAAGCAAGGAGAGAAUGAACAUAUGCCGGUGAAUAAUCCUUCCACGCAGAUUUACCAGGCUUCGAAGUACAAGUCUUCCCUGAACCUACCUCCAGUGGGAGCCCGCCUCCAGCGGCAGGAUGGAGGGAUCAUAACCUCUCUAGAGCAGCUUCAUGAAAAAAUCAACGAGAUGAGGAACGUGUUCAACUCGCUGGAGAACAAGUUGCAGGCACUGGCCUCCGAACUCAAAACUGGCUUCACAGAAGCAAUGCAAGAACUGUCAAGAAUUCAACAUGGAGAAUAUGCUUUGGAAGAAAAGGUUAAGAGCUGCAGAUGUUCCAUGGAAGAAAAAGUUACUGAGAUGAAGAAUUCAUUAAACUAUUUCAAGGAAGAACUGAGCAAUGCCAUGUCGAUGAUCCAAGCCAUUACCUCCAAACAAGAAGAAAUGCAACAGAAAAUCGAACAGCUUCAACAGGAGAAGCGAAGAGAAUCUCGAAAAGUUAAAGCCAAGAAAACUCAAAAAGAAGAGCACAGCUCCCAGGCCGGGCCUGCCCAAGCACAAGGAAGUCCUUUUCGUUCAAUCAAUAUCCCUGAGCCUGUUCUUCCAAGCGAAGACUUUACCAACCUUUUGCCUUCUCAGGCCUAUGAAAAAGCCCAAGAGUCCAGAUCUGUUCAUGUAGGAGACAGUAAUGUGAAGGGAAUGAUGGGUCCUGGAGUGAACCCAACAACUCCAGAAGCAGAAGAAAACCUCAAGUCUUGCCUCUCGGCUGAUAUCCAGUCCAAGGGCCAUCUCCCAUCUGGCAUGUGGAGGCAGCCUAAGGAUGGUAAAGAAUGGGGUGAAGAAUACGUCACGAAAGACCACCCAGAUAAACUCAAGGAGGCUGGCCAGGGUAGACACAGCUCCUUGGAAACCGUUUUAUGUGAAACCUCCUUAGCUGCUAAAAGACAGACUGUGGCCCUGGAACUGCUUGAAUCUGAAAGAAAAUAUGUCAUUAACAUCUCUCUGAUCUUGAAGAUAAAAGCCACAUUCCAGGGGUCAGAUGGAAAGAGGAAUUCCAAAGAGAGAAGCCUCUUCCCUGGCUCUUUACGGUAUCUCGUCCAGCAGCACCUGGAUCUGCUUCACGCACUGCAGGAAAGGGUCCUGAAGUGGCCACGCCAAGGCGUUCUUGGAGAUUUAUUCCUUAAGUUAACAAAUGAUGAGAAUAAUUUCUUGGAUUAUUAUGUUGCCUACCUAAGGGACCUGCCUGAGUGCAUCUCAUUGGUUCAUGUUGUAGUCCUGAAAGAGGGUGAUGAAGAGAUUAAAUCUGACAUCUACACGUUGUUUUUUCACAUAGUCCAGCGCAUCCCUGAAUAUCUGAUACAUCUGCAGAACGUCCUGAAGUUCACAGAGCAGGAGCACCCUGACUAUUAUCUACUACUGGUGUGUGUCCAGCGCCUCCGAGUAUUUAUCUCACACUACACCCUGCUGUUUCAGUGCAAUGAAGAUUUGCUUAUUCAGAAACGGAAAAAGCUCAAGAAGUCAUCCAUGGCGAAGCUGUACAGAGGACUGGCUUCCCAGUGUGCCAAUGCCGGGCAAGAUGCUUCCCCCACUGCAGGCCCUGAGGUUGUCCGUGACACCGGGAUCCACUCAGAAGAGAUGCUGCAACCCUACCCUUCUGCUCCCAGUUCUGGCCCUGCUGUCACCCAUCUGAUGCCCCCAGUGAAGAAAAGUCAACAGCAGCAAAGCCUGAUGGAGAGCAUGCAGCCCGGGAAGCCCAGUGACUGGGAGCUGGAGGGCAGGAAGCACGAGCGUCCCGAGAGCCUUCUGGCACCAACGCAGUUCUGCGCGGCCGAGCAGGACGUGAAGGCGCUGGCCGGGCCCCUGCAGGCCAUCCCGGAGAUGGACUUCGAGCCCUCUCCGGCCGAGCCGCUGGGCAACGUAGAGCGCUCCCUGCGCGCCCCGGCCGAGCUCCUGCCCGAUGCCCGCGGCUUCGUGCCCGCGGCCUACGAAGAGUUCGAGUACGGCGGCGAGAUCUUCGCGCUGCCCGCGCCCUACGACGAGGAGCCGUUCCAGGCUCCGGCCCUCUUCGAGAACUGCUCGCCCGCCUCCUCCGAGUCCAGCCUGGACAUCUGCUUCCUGCGGCCCGUCAGCUUCGCCAUGGAGGCCGAGCGGCCGGAGCACCCGCUGCAGCCUCUGCCCAAGAGCGCCACGUCGCCGGCGGGCAGCAGCAGCGCCUACAAGCUGGAGGCGGCGGCGCAGGCGCAGGCGCAUGGCAAGGCCAAGCCGCUGAGCCGCUCUCUCAAGGAGUUUCCGCGUGCACCGCCCGCCGACGGCGUGGCCCCGCGCCUCUACAGCACGCGCAGCAGCAGCGGCGGCCGCGCGCCCAUCAAGGCGGAGCGCGCCGCGCAGCCGCACGGCCCGGCUGCUGCCGCUGUAGCCGCUCGCGGCGCGCCCCGGACCUUCUUCCCCCAACAGAGGUCCCAAAGCGAAAAACAGACCUAUUUGGAAGUAAGGAGGGAGAUGCAUUUAGAAGAUACUACCAGAUUCUGUCCCAAAGAAGAAAGAGAAAGUGAACAAACGUCUUUCAGCGAUCAAAAUCCCAGGCAAGACCAGAAAGGGGGCUUUCGCAGCUCCUUCCGCAAGCUCUUUAAAAAGAAUUACAGAGUUCCUCAAAAGUUAAAGACUAAUGUCUCAUCCAGAAGAAAAGAUAUUAAAACAGAAGGCUGUACAAGAUUUUAAUACAGAGAUUUUUAUCGGUUUCAUCACAAUCUUCCCUUUCAAGAAUCUUCUUCCUGUUCUGCAAAUCUAUUUGUAAGGUGAGGCUACUCAAAACAGCAUGUUUAGGAAGCAAAAGCAGUGGCCACUAGAGAGAUGCUGAGUUGUCACUGUUGGAGAGAGCCCACACCCGCAGUACAGAGUAUUCCAAGCAUCCUUGACCUGUGUUCCAAAUUUAGGGUACCCUCUCCCUUUUUAAAGGAAAAGUUUAUUUCAGUCUAAAAAUCUAAAAUCAACAGCCACAUCCAUAUUUUCUCAAAUGCCAUGAAAAUCAGGCUAAAAAUUUGAGGGACAUCAAGGGGAAUUUUAAGUUGAAAAACAGAAUAAAAGCAAGUUCUAAGUGACUUAAAGUAUGUUUUAAGAAAACUGUGGCUAUGUUUAAAGGCAAGCUAUUUCUAAACAGACUUUUCAUCUUCUUAAGCCAAAACUUCUGGCCAUUUGAGCACUUUAGUAAUUGAUUAUAAUGCUGGGAAAGCCAUGAUGUGUCUCAUUGCCACAGUCAAAUGGGAUCAUACCAAUUCUUGGUCUGUUAUGUAACAUUCUCAAAGAACUUUGACAUAACUUAUUUCCUAUGAUUUCUGUGAGGUAAGCAGGGCAGGAAGAGAUGGAACUAGACUUAUCUACGGUCAUACUGUAGAGUGGCAGAGACGGACCCCGAACCUAGAUCAUGUGAUUCCUGAUUUAGUGCUCUUUUCUAUCAUAUUGUUUAACCUCCCUGGAUUAAAGAAACCCUGAAAGUUUCCACAGCUGUGAGAUCUAAAUAUAAACAAUUAAACCAUGAGUUAUAUAACCACUAUAGAAAUUUACGUGAAUGAUUAAUUCAGAAUGUACCUGUACUGCUAAUCUUGAUUAAAGGCACCAGAAAGUCACUGAAAAAUUAGCAGUCUAAUUGUGAUUCUGUAACUCUUGAUCAGCCUUCUUCUAGAUUUUAGGAAUUAACAGCUGUACCUUCCUGUAUACUGUACAGGGGUUCUGCAGCUGGCAGUGAAAUAAACACUCCCAGAAUCUUGACUGUUGUAUUAGGUUCUAGAGUUGUUUUUAGCUUGACUGGAAUUGAGUAGUUUUGCCAAAAAGACAAAAGCAGCAGAAACUAAAAACAAACCAAGAAAAUCUGGCAAAAAUUUAAGUACUUUCAAAAAAUAUCUUAAAGGCUGCAUAUAGUCCCAGGCUUGUAUUAAUUCAUAUUCUAUUUUUAAUCUAAACCAAUGAAAAAUUGCUAAUGAAUGAAAAACAUAUUAAGAAGACAAAAUACUUGUAUUUGAAAUUUUACACAGAAAAGCAUAAAAAUUCCAGAUGUUAUUUUUAUUUCUAUUGCAUCAGUUUCUCCAUUUCAGUGACUGUAACUAACCACUGGAGACCUUUAUCUUACUGAUGAUGUAAAGAGCUAAGAUAAUAUAAACAAACACCCAUCAAUAAGGACAGGUUAUAUAAUUUUGAAAGAAAACAGAGUACCUAGUUCCAUUGAUUAGGCAAUGGGAAAAGCUAAGUUUUAUACUGCCGUUGUUAGUUGUGGAGCAGCAGUUAUCUACCCAUAUUCUAAAACCAUGUUGCAGAGAGAGAUGAAAGGUAAACACAUGAAAAUACAAAAGCCAGUCUGGAUUUGGCUUUAAAACAUAAGCAGGAACAUAUAAUCAUAGUAAAAAAAUUAAAAACAGCCCAUUUUUAUAUUUUCCUUUCUGUUUAUCACUUGCUUGUGGAGAUAAUUCCACAAAGUUCUUUCUCAAAAAUGACCUCCUGAUGGAUUUCAAUGUGGUCAACAACCAAGACGUUUUCUACAGUUUUUCCCCCUCAUCAUUAGAGAUAACAUUACUCUGCUACUUGACUCUCAAAUCCCUGUGCUAAGGUUUCCACCAUGUUCACUAGUUGCUCUGCUUUCCCAAAUCAAAAUAGCUAACUCUAUUAAUACCUGCCACUCUACCAUCACCAACCUGGUUUAGGUCCAGGUUAUUUCAAACAGAAGCUGGAGUUAUUUUUUUCUGCUGACCUUCUAGCUGUCUCCGUUUUCCUCACUAUAAAACCAUUCUUCGAUAUUUUACUGCACAAUACUUCAAAAUUUUAGGAACUCAAGAGUAUACCUACAUUAGUGUUCAGAAUAUAGAUGGGAAGUGAUAAUCCAAUCCUUUUUCCUUAUGUGCCUAUUUUGAUUGACACUUGACAUUUUAUUUGACAAAGUCAAUGAACUUUGUAUUUAUUACAUAAAGAAGUUAUUUAUAUAAAAGACCACCCUACCCCCAACCACCAUAGUAAAACACUGUUAUAAUCAGGAUGUCUGUUCAUGUGAUAAUUCUCCCUUUAAUGCAGCCAUUUAAAAAGCUACAAGAAACAAUAAGCUUCUCAACAAGGACUUAUAAACAAUCAGUCUUGAAUUCCUUAAAAAAGGAAACAGACGCUAUGCUGACGCACAAACACUUUUUAAAAAAAUCAGAGAGUACAAAAAUAGAACAGCGCUGCCCUAUAGAUAAAAAAUUGUUCAAAAGAUCUCAGCUUAUAUAGGACACAAACUCAAAAUAAAUCUAAUUCAGGUUUUUGAGGCUUUUCCAUAUGAAGGUAUAAAAUAGCAGUAAAUACUUUAAGCAAAAAUAUCUUCUGGCUUAAGUUUUUUCAAUGCCAUCUUCUGUAAAAGAGAAAUUACCAUGCAAGGGAAACACCUUUUCGCUCACUUCAAUAUGCAAAGCUUUUAUUUCCCAUAAAAUGUCAAUUCUGAAUUAUCCUUACUUCAGGGUCAUCUCAUUUUUCUAAAAUAGACUACCAAACUGGACACAGUACCACCUAUCAUUUCUCUACUUAUGUUGUUUUAGGUCUCAUUAAUUAACUUGUACUUUGUUGCCUACAACAACUCUGUAACAGAAGUGAAAUUCCUACUCUCAGCUUUUUAUUUGUGCAUAUUGCUUUGUGCUUUCUUACUUAGGAUAAUAGUCUCUUCAUACCAUUGCCAGAUUUAGAAUGAUCCAUCCAAUUGGAUAAUUUUUCCCCUAGUUUUUGGGACAAAUCUCAAAGUUCUGAUAUAGUUAGCCAAUUAUGAUUCAACCAGAAACACUGAAUCUGAGAGACAAGUUAUAAAUUAGAUUCCACGUAAGACCCUGUUGCAAUCUUUUAAACAAGUUAACCACUUUCUAAUUCACCUAAAUUUAAAUUUUUCUUUCCACAAAGCUUUCCCUUUACAGAGCAAACUACAUCAAUAGACUAAUGAUUGGGUUUUGUAAAAAAAUAAAAAAUAAAUAAUGAUCAGUAUCUAUACAUAAAAAAUCUAUGCAUUCCAGUGGAAGUGUAUCUAUAGUCAGAGCUUACCUAUAUCGUAUUUCAAUAAGAAAAAAAAAAUUACUGACAAUAUCUUCAUAGUAGACACGUUUGCCCAGAAACGAACAAGCCAUUUACAUUAUUGGCAGUUCAAACCAAGGAAGUUAUUUAUUUUUUAUGAGCUCACAUCUGUACCAGAUCCUUUUACUUAAUUAUUAACACAUAUAAUUUAAAAAUUACAACAUAUUCUAUUCAUGAAAACAAUCACCUUAUAUGAGUCAAUGUAACAUGGUAGAACGUAUACUCUAUUUAGAGUCAAGAAACCUAAUUUUUGACUUGUUCUGGAAUUAACUGGUAAUAGAACUUCUAGCAAAUCAUAUAAUCUUCAGGGGCCUUGGGAUUUGUCUACAAAGUGAAGGCCUGGACAUCUCUCUAGACUAGAGAUCUAUAGCUCCAUUUUGUACAUUACUGUUAAAAUAUUUGAGGGAUAAAGUUGGCUGACACCACAGUGAAGUCUGAAUAAAGUAAGGUUAAACCAGUUUCUCUUCUGUUUUUAUGACAAUGUCUAACCAAACUAUAAUAAUCUAAAGAUGUCUGUAAGUGGUGUCUUAUAGUAUUCAUUAACUUUUCUCAUGUAUUAUAUCCAAUGUCUUUUAUUACAAUUCUAUAUAAUAAAAAUGUGUAAGUUAAAUGUUAGCUUUGUUUCAGUGUAAGCGACAACCUGUACUGUAUGUUCUCCAAUAAACAUACCUACUAACCAAA